AUGGCUUUUCAUCGCCUGCCAACAAUAUCAGUGUUAGUGAGCAUAUUAUGUUUACUCAUCAUACCUGCAAUACAAGCGGAAAUACGCAGUCGCCCCUCAAAAAGUGUUAGUGCAAAAAGUAAUAGCAUUCACGAUGGCCAUAACACACAUAAAUCGACGAGCAAUAAUCCAGCUGAUGAUGAUAGCGCAUCGAGUACGUCCAAGACAGGUUUUGCAGCAUCCUCACAGCCGCGACCAGUAAAUACGGAUUUCGUCGAUAAAAUGUCUUGGAAAUGUGCCAACAAUGCCAGUUGUCUGUACAACAUGGCCAGCGGUAUUAUCAAUUCUUAUCGUCGUGGUGAGACAGUCCAUUUGGGAUUCUUAGAUUUGGUUAAAUUGCCACCGUCCAAGAAGACCAAAUCGAAAUGGAAUGCGACGGAAACCGGUCGUAGCAUAUCCACAUUUGUUGAUUUUAUUAGUGGUAAUGCUAUACGGAUACCGGUUGGUCCCAUGGUCUUCAGUGUGCAACGUGAUGAGGAUGAUGCCAACUACAUUGAAAUUGCUCUGCUAAAGAAGGCGACCAGUAGUUCAGGUAUAUUGUUGAUUGUCUGUUUAUUGGAUGAAAAAGUAGAACAAGAAAUUAUGUGA